CGCUGUGGCGAGGGCGGCAGCGCUGAGCCGCGGCCGCUCCCGUCACCAAGGCGCUGCCUGGCACAGAAACACAGACAGAGACGGACUGACAGACACACGCAGCGCGGAGCGGCGCGGGCUCGGGGGCCGCCUUUGUAGCUCCUCUCCUCCCUGCACCAUGCUCCGCUCCAGGCAGCGCCUGCCCGCUGCUCCCUGAGGGCAGCCAGCCCCGCGCCCGGCUAAGCGAGCGACUGGCACCCGGCUUCUUCCCCCGCCCCCAGUUACCUGAGUUAGCGCCGUCCCGGGCACUUUGGCAGCGCCUCCGCCCUCUCCCGCUGUGGCAACCCUAGUGCAGCGGAGGAGUGAGCCGCCAGCAGCCAGAGGGACUGCAGCCGCCGCCGGGGGAGACGAGCUCAAGCCCCCGCCCCCGGAGCUCUUCAUGGCGUCUCACCAGCAGACGAGGAUCCAAGCCUACCUGGAGAAGAAUAAGAUCGGUCCCCUCUUCGAGGAGUUGAUGACCAAGCUGAUAACGGAGACACCUGACCAGCCAAUCCCAUUUCUAAUUGAUCAUCUUCAGUCCAAGCAGGGAAACCGUGGUCAGCUUCAGAGAACAUUGUCUGGCUCUGCUGCCCUCUGGGCAGAGAGUGAAACAUCAGAAAAUAAAGGAACAAGAAGAGAUUUUAGAAAUUAUGAUAAGCCUUGGCAGGUAAAUGCAAAAAAGCCUAAAAAGUCAAAGAGCGACCUUGCUGUGUCCAACAUUUCUCCACCAUCACCGGAGUCCAAGUCAUUGCCAAGGUCAAUAGAGCAUCCUAAAUGGGAUUGGAAGACAAAACCGGAGAACCAUGAUUUUGAUGAACUAAAUCAUAUUCUUCAAGAGAGCAAAAAGCUUGGAAAAGCCCUUGAGAAUCUGUCUCGCAGUAUUGCUGUUUCUGAUGAACUUGAUAAGGACACAGCAGGUUUUAACACCCCCCUUCUCAGACCUCGUGUUAUUGGAGAAUGGAUUGGCCGUGAAGAGAAUGAUGCAGACCCUCUGGCUGCUGAAAUGCUGCAGCCACCAAUACCAAGAAAUAAAAAUGAGCAGUGGGACAGCGAGGAUAGCAGCAGUCCUGGAGGAAGCUUAAAAAUGGAGCCAAAGACCAAAGGAUUAAAACAUCAACAGCAGCAACAUAAGAAACUGCUGGCUGCCAUGCUUUCUCAGGACUCCUUUGAUUCUGCUCAAAGCACGGCUCCAUCUGUAACUGAAGAAGACAUUGACAAUGAAGAUGAUGCAAUGGAACUACUGGAGGAUCUUGAUGAUCUCAGAAUGGAAGGAGUAACAAGUGUGGUGUCUUCUGGGAGCAAAUUCAAUCAGACUCGAAGUGCUCAUACGGCUGAGCCUCAAGCAAAGGUCACACUGAAUAUAUGUGCAAGAUGUGCCAGAUUGCAAGGGGAUAAUUUGGCAGAAAGGCCAGAAGAUGUCUCCAUGGUAUCUCAGACAUCUGAGCCAGCAGUGUCAGACUCUGAUGCUCAAGUACCUGCGGUUGAAACACUCACAGAAGAUAUUAAUGAGUUUCAGAGUGCUUCUCAAGUGACAGCAUCUUCUCAGACAGUUUGGACCUUGGAUGCUGUGAGUGUUAGACCUGGAGGUUCCCCAAGGCAGAAACUCCUAAAGGACUCCUUAGCAGCAAAAGAACUUCAGACCAUGGAAAAACACCUAGCUGACAUUGAGAAGGACCUCGCACUGUGGGAAGAAGCAAGGCUCUCAAGAAGCCCUGGUGUCCAGCAUCCCAGUGUAGUUACAUCUGACCAUCAAGGCACUCUUCAAGCUGCACAGGGCCCAACCCCAAGGCCUCAGGUGCCAACUCCGACAGGGAAGAACAUUCAGCUCCAAGGAAUCAAAUCACCACCACUGCCCACUAACAGCAGAACACAGGUCUCCAGUGUCACAAACAGCAGUGCACAAACCAAGAGGCCAUCAGCUCCAGCGAGCAGACCUAUGACCCCAAAUAGCUUGUUGUCACGGCCUCUUACCCCUAGCAACCAAGGAAAUAGGGAAGGCAUUAUUAGCCUGCAAAGAAGCAGAUCUUUGUCAUCUAAGAGCCAAAUGGGGAGGACCCUCAGUGCUGCUUCAGGGCUUUCUGUGCAAGUGAGUGGAGAUGUUGUUGGAACUGUCACUACUCAGAGAAACAGUUUAUCAGAAGAUGAAUUCUUACAACAGCUUCAGCUUGCUCAUCAACCUUGGAUAUUGCCGAGUGACACAGAAAGUGAAGGAGUGGAAGCUGACCAAGACAAAUGUUUGUGAAAUCAGUGGAAUUAUUGAAGAACAAUUUAAUAAAAACAAAAAUUAUGGUAAUCAAAACUACACCUGAAAAUUUGCAUUAGUUUAUACAUUAAAAAAUUAAAUAAAGUUAUUUUUCUAGUAUCAGCAGCACAUGAGUGAAACUGCUCUGAUAUGAGGAUGCUGUAAUGCACUGAAUGAGACUAUUUACUGUGGUAUAGUGGCCUUAGGAAAGAAGGGUAAUUGUCACCUUUUAGUAUAAAUUUACUACAGUAUUUUUUUUAAUUUAAACCCCUGUUGUUUCGGAUUGACAUUUGAGAAGCUAAAUUCUGCCUGACCAAAACAAACUUUGCCUAAAGAUUGUAUGUAUUUUAACUUGUCUAAGGUUUUCUACUCCUUAUAUUUUUGUAAUCUUUGCUCCUUUUUAGAUUAAUAAACAUAAAAGUAUUUGCUGCAUCUGCCCAUGUGUAUGUCCCAUUCAGGUCUCACAGAGAGCUAGCUGUUCACUCAUAGUCACCUGGAGAGAGAGGUCAGACAGGGGAAUGAGUGAAAGAGUGUGUGUGGGUAGCAGAAACAGGUGCUGCUCGUGCUGCAUAGCUUUGUAUUGAAUUUAUCUACUUUGAUCUUUAAAACAAAUAAAGACUCUGUUAAAAAGGGUGACAUAAUAAGGAGUGGUGCAUGCAUGCAAAAAUAAAGCACCUAAGAGGAAUUUCCUAUAUUAUGAUAAAGUGUUAGUUACCCAUAUGAAUUACUGAGACAAACUUGCUGUUUAAAAUAUUCUAUCUGGUGUGUGCUGUGCGCUUGGAACUUUAGAAGAUGUGUUAGCACAGACAUCAAAUGAAGGGAUGUGGCAGUUGCAUUUACUGAUUUCAUUUACCUGUUAAUUCUGUCAAGUGUGUUCUCAGUUUCCUUUGUCUUCAAUUAUGUAUGCUCGGGUCCUGUAUCUUAGACAGAAUGAUAUAAUGAAAUUGCUUGCAAC